UCCUCACUAGCUAAUCCAUUUCUGGUCUCGCUGCUUGGGAAAUUUGGGAUCAGAAAAUGGCUUCUUUUCUUUCUUCUGCUCUCACUUCUGUUGCAUUGUUUCUUGCUCUGACCUCGUCGCUUGUUGCUGCUGAUUUUGAUGUUUACUAUUAUGGCGUAAUGUGGCCAGGUGCGUAUUGUACACAAAUGAAGCCAGGAAGGUGCUGCAUGCCCAGCACAGGUGCCCCUGCAGAAGAUUUUUAUGUAUCUACCAUGGCCACAUACACGAAUGACGGAAAAGAAGUUAAGAAGUGCAGUUCCUCUAAUUUUUACAUCAAUGAGCUUUUGGAUCUGAGUGAAAGCCUCCAACUCUACUGGCCUAGCAUAAAAUGUCCACAAAAUGAUGGAAAAUCUAGCUGGAGAAGCAUUUGGAAGACUUUUGGAGUGUGCACCAAUCUGAGUGAACAUGAUUAUUUUGAGAAGGCACUGCAGAUAAGAACAGAUGUUAAUGUACUGCGAAUACUAGAAGACAAUGGCAUUGUUCCCGAUGGAAGUAACUACAGUUUGGCGUCGAUCCAGCAGGCACUUGACAAUGGCAUUGGACAGAAGGUUGCAAUUCAAUGUAGCAAGAUCUACAACACCAGCCUCUACCAGUUGUUUCGGAUCUUCUUCUGCGUGGACCAGUCUGAUGCUUCCACCAUAGUCUCCUGUCCAUUUGUCUCCAAAUACAAGUGCCCAGAUGAAGUUGUGUUCUCACACUUUGAUGUAGGCAUGCUCAAGGGGUUUACUGCACUUCCCGAGCUCAACCCCAUCAAGCUUUAUCCGGAAAACGAGUGAGCAGCCACCACGAUCGAGACUUGUGGAUGUUGCUUGCUUUGUAGUUUCUUAUGAAUAAUAAGCUUGCAGCCAUCGAGAAGCAUCAUUUGA